AUGCGUUUGUUCAUCAUUGCUACGAUUAUCAUUGCUUUCGUUGUCGUCUCUGGUGAGGACAACUCUACUGAUUCCGUCACCUCUGAAAUCAAUUCUACUGCAGCAGUCUCUUCAGACAAAAUCGCCUCUACAUUUGAAAACAUUGAUGACUCUUUCUCAGAUGACUUCUUCUCCGAUGAAACCAUCACCUCCAUCAUCACCAACGCUCAUGGAAUCGGCACUUUCCAGGAGGCUCAUCAACAGGAAGAUAGACUACUCCAAUGCUGGGAACCUCUCGAUCCGGUCAAUGCUACUAGUGCUUCCAUUCUAAGCAAGCCUAUCUUCACCCUCUGCUCUUACAUCCCUCUGAACUCCAAAGGAAUCAAAUUCGAGACUUUUGCAGUAAAUGGGGUCGGGUCGGAAUACUACGACCCACUGCUCUCGGUCUUCGAUUAUUCAGAGAAGAACUCCGAGGAGGACUACGAAGCAAUCGUCAUCUGUGCUAUAGAAAAACUCCAACUCCACAAGCCGCCACAUCCACCAAGCACGGCUAUGAGGUGCCUUUGCAACCAGUCCGGCUGCAAUGUCCCUGAACCACUCGAGGAGUUCUUGAAGUUCAAUCGCAAUGUAUUCCCCGAGAAGAACAAUGCCACUGACUUGACUGACCACUAA